CACCAAACACGUGUGCGGUUGACCUUAUUUGUAGUAGAGGGAUUUGUUGAUUGCUCCUGUACUUUCGGUUAACCUCUUGUUUUAUUAUUAAACGCUAUCUCAAACAAAACUGAUCUGAAAUCGACAUACACUGUAAACCGACAGAUUCAUAACCUGUUUGUGCAAUAUCAAAAAGUUUUUCGUUUUCACGAAUUUGAACAGUAUUUACAUUACCAUUUGAAUAUGGACAAACAUAUAAGUAUUAAAUCAAUUAGAAAAUGCGUCCGGAAACAAAAACGCGCUCAGCAUAGACUAGCUAGAGAUAUGGAUGUUGAAUGCUCAGAAACACCGACACAGUACAUAGCAAUAUGUAAUGCUGGUUUGGUAACUGGACUCCAGAGAGAAGCUUUGGAGCAAUUCAUUGGAAAUCUAGUACCUAACUUCAGUUUAACCAUGCCCCCAGAAAAAUCAUACAGUUUUGUUAAUUUUUCUAAUGUGUGUAAUGCUCAAGAUUUUUAUAAUAAAGUCCAUGGGAUCGCACAAGGGCCAAAUCAAAAUACUGUUUUUUAUUUAAUUUUUAUCAAAAACAUUCCCAGUAUUGAAGAACCAUUUGGCAAUGAGUUACCUCCAGGUCUGAGGCUUAUAACAGAUUUUAUCUCUCCAGAAGAAGAGUCUAUUUUAUUACAAAGUAUCAAUUGGAAUGAAGAAGAUGAUGUAGAUUCACUUCUGAAGAAUCGCAAGGUCAAACAUUUUGGCUAUAAGUUUAGGUACGAUAAUAAUUUAGUGGAUGUAGAUAAUCCCAUCAAUCCAAUACCAACAAGUUAUAAAUUUCUGCAAAGUUUAUUCGACAAGAACGAUUGUGGAAAUAUCAAAUAUGAUCAACUUACAAUCAACAGAUAUCUGCCUGGUCAAGGAAUUCCACCCCAUAUAGACACUCACAGUGUGUUUGAAGAUCCAAUACUGUCUCUUUCUCUGGGUUCAGCAUAUGUAAUGGAUUUUAAGCAGGGUGAUCAGAAAGUUUCAUUAGAUUUGCCUGCGAGAUCUUUAUUGAUCAUAAGCGGCGAAUCCCGUUACGCUUGGAGCCACGGUAUCUGCCCUCGGCAUAAUGAUAAUGUUCGAACAGACAAUGGUUUUUCAACUCGUUCACGGGCCACUAGAGUUUCAUUUACAUUUCGAAAAGUUCACCGAGGUGAUUGUCAAUGUAAAUAUCCUGAGUACUGUGAUAGCCGAAGAAAAAAGACCUUCAAAGUAACGCCUAUUGACAAUUCUGUCGCGUCAGAACUUGAAAAUCUAUACGUACACGAUGUAUACGAGCAAAUCUCGGGUCAUUUCAACGAAACCAGGCACAAGCAAUGGCCUAACGUGACAAAAUUUAUAGAAGGCGUGGAAACUGGUGGACUUCUGUUGGAUGUCGGAUGCGGUAAUGGGAAAUACCUGCAAGGACACACAAAUGUCUUUAAAAUGGGCUGUGAUCGUAGCACAGGUCUUGCUGAAAUAUGCCGAAGUAGAGGAUUUCAAAUAAUAUUCGCCGAUUGCCUUCAACUACCGUACAGAUCAAAUGUUUUAGAUGCAGUAUUAUGCAUCGCAGUCAUUCAUCAUUUGUCAACCAACGAACGCAGAAAACAAUCAAUUUGUGAGAUCAUGAGAGUCCUUAGACCAAGUGGCAGAGCACUUGUUUACGUGUGGGCCAAGGAACAGAAUAAGGAUUCUGUCAAGUCGACAUACUUGAAAUUCGGCGCGAGUAAAACGAAAAAGGACGACACAAGCAUCAAGUAUGACGUGCAGUAUCGUAAGACUGAAAACAAUUUGACACUUCCGAUUCACGAGAAUCGAACUGAAUUUACUCAUAGCGACAUGCUCGUACCGUGGAAACGAAAAGGUGGCGGAGACUUUUUACGAUUUUAUCAUGUUUUUGAAGAAGGAGAGUUGGAAAAGUUAUGCUCUGAUGUACCGUCAACCAAAGUACAAAAGGUUUAUUACGACCAAGGAAACUGGUGUAUAGUACUUGAGAAAACGUCUGUAACGGAAGUUGACUGUAAAUGAAAUUGUUCGAAUCCCAAUGAAAUGUGUACAUAUGUAAAUAUAUAUACCAUCACUAAAACAAACUGAUUUGUUUUUUGAAAAGUUUAUUUAAUCCCUAUAAGAUAUACAAAACAAACGUUUUCAUCAUAAACUAAGAUAUUUCCUAAAGUAACACAGGAAAUUUUCGUCAUGAGAUUUCUUCUUUCUUUUUUUUCUAAAUUUGUUCUUAUUAAUUAUCACCAUCAAUGUAUCUGCUUGUCACUAUCAUCAGUACAAUUCAUCUUAACCCAGCUAUAUUGUUAAAAAUUAUGCACAUCUGCAAAUCAGUAUUAAAAUAUUACAAUUUUAUAUUUUACAGUAUUAGUCCUCCAGCUCCCUCCCAUGAAAACUUGUUUUAGCCUUCUCAAUCAUUUACUCUUUGCUUUAUUCUUUGCUCUUGCACUUUAUCGCGUUAUUUAUGCUAAUAUUACAAUUAUAUAAUUUUUCCAUGACAGCUAAAUAUUAGGGGAGACGAAGAGUUUAAUGCUGAAAGUGGUAGAAAAGAGCUUCUUUUUAUGACAAUGUGCUUUUUGAAAUCAGUCUGAUUGCGCGAAGAAGCAGCGAUACGCUUCCGGUAUAUUUUUCUCACAUAUAUAAUUAUCAUAAUCAUCAUCCUGGCAAUAAAAUCUUGAAGUAAUAUUGAGCUUGUAGCUCAUCAGUAUCUUAUAUAGUUUGCUCUAAUCGACGACGAUUAGGUAAUCUGUACAUACUAAGACCUAGGAAUGUUAACAUUAUAAGAAACCACAAUAAUUUAUUAUAAUACAGCCUGCUGUACACCAGAAUG